AGAAAAACUCAUAAAAAUAAAUUUCUUCUUGAUAUCUUUGUCGGAAGACGGAUAGCCGUUCACUAAACACGUUUUUACUUGAAUCUUGCGAAAUUAUAAAGAAAUUUAAAGAAAAUAUCAUUUCAAAUGACAAGCUUCCUAAAUCGCGCGCAGUUCAACUCUAGAGAGAGAUAGAGACACAAAUAACUCACUUGACAAACAUCUGGCGGCGCUGCGGUUGCAAAAAAUCUCUGAAAUGCGACAAAAUAUUUUCUUCUCUUGUUUAUGCUUAUUAGCAGGUCUUGUACCUUCUCGUAAUACGUACUUUUGCAUUACUUAUUAAUCAAAAUAGUGUUAUACAAAAGGGUUUUUCUCAAAUCUAUCCUGAAUUUUGAGACACCUAAGAUGAAUAUGAGCCAUAUGAGCCUUCCAGCUUAAAAUUUCUUCCCAAUGUUUUUAUUGUAAUAUAGACAAUUAUUCACAAUUAACCCAAAUAACUGUAAUCAACUAAAUUAUAAAGAGGAUUUUUUUGUGAAAAUGACUUAACUUUAAGGAAUUAAGCAAUUUUCACAUUAAAAACCUCUCAUUUUCUCUACGUGAAUUUUCGCGGCAUUUCGAAGAAUCCCAACUGGCACCACCAAAUUCACUUCGGCUUUUAUUUUAGCUCAGGCCUGCACUAGAGAACUUUAUGUCCAUAUUGAAGCAAAUUACCUACCCUUCGCUUUCCUCAAUAUGGACAUAAAUUUCUCUAGUGUGAGAAUCUCAGCUAAGAGGGUCGUUAAAAAAAUUAUCUACUGAAACGCAUUGGUUUGCAUUAUUAGUAGCACUAACGCUUUCGGUAUUCGGUACCAUAAAGAUCGUAAAUUACUUAGCCACUGGGAUUGAUGAGGGGAGGCGCGCGUAGUCACGCCAGUCAGGUCGGGUUCAUUUGUUUAUCUCGCAGAAAAGCCGUAUUUUUUGUAGAAAAAUCUUGAAAAUCUCACUGCUGUUAUGGGAGUCGACAAACGCAGAAAGCUGUACAACACUGUUCAAUCCCAGACCUUCUCAUCAUGCGGAAAUUUUCUGUUUGCCGGCAAUAAUUUCGGUGACGUAUUUGUUUUUAGUAUUCCAGAUAUUGCGGAAAUCCCAAAUGAUGAGGAUAUUCUACACAAAGCAGCACCGUCCCUGGAGCCAAUUCAAGUGUUCAGGGUGACUGAUAGUGGGCAUGUUGAGAGUCUGGCUUUCUUCAAGGACUUCCUCAUUGUGGGAAUUCCUGGAGAAAUUCAAGGGUAUCAAUGGUGUGAGAGCAGCAAGAGAAUCAAGAAGAAGCUAUGGGAAAUUAGGAUACCGACUGGACAGGAUACCAUGGAAGCGAUAGAUGUCAAUUGUUUGUGGCUAAAUGAGGAGAAUGAUGAGAUUUAUCUAGGAUGCGGUGAUUCCAAAAUUUUGGGCCUCAAUCUCGAUAGUGGGCAAUUUUUUCGCACUUUCAUGGGUCACAAGGAUUACAUACAUUCCUUGCAUGGAUUGGACAAUCGUUUAUACUCAGCUUCAGAAGAUGGAAGUGUUAAAUUUUGGGAUUUGAGGCAGAAAAAAUCUACUGGAUUCGUAGAACCUUACAAGAAUCCUGACCUUUUGCGACAGCCAAUGGGAAAAUGGGUGGGAAGUGUAGCUUGUACGGAGAACUUCUUCAUUUGCGGCGGUGGACCUAAAGCCUCGCUCUGGCACACAAGAACAAAUGAAUGCACAACAAUCUUUCCCUUUCCGGGAGCCGUUCAUGUGUCUGGUUUUAUCGAUGAUACUGUUCUCUUAGCCGGUCAGAAUCCCAAUGUCGUCCAAUACAGUCUCAAUGGGGAUUUAUCAGCUGAAAUUCCUGUUUCAAGCCCGGCAACUUACUCCGUUAUUUGGCAAACAACUCCAACAAAGCUGAUGUCCAUUGCUGGGGCUCACAAUGAGAUCGAUAUCUGCCUGAAUUUCAACUACAAGGAUAUUGUCUUGAAGCUGUACACAAAGGAGGGAAACGAAUGAGUCAUAUUGAUUUAUUCUAUACACAUGAUUACAUAAUGAAUUAUGAUGAAAA